GGCAGCGCGGGCUGAUGAUCGGGAGCCGUUACGGACUUGACAAAAAUACGACUUGGAACCCCAGAUUCGAGCGCCAGAAACUGUGUUUACACCGCUGAAAUUUCACGUGAAUUCCUCACCCAUACAGCAGCACUUGGCAACUGGCAAGAAAGUGUGAUGGAGUGCAGUAUCGAUGGCGAUGAGUCGUCAACGACUCAGACUAUCCUCACAGUCAAGAACACAGAGGAACUCCUAGAGGCCAUCGAGAGCCUGUCAUCAGAAAAUGUCGCCAUGAGCGUCGAGGUCCAGCAUGAGACACUGGAGUCCAUGGAGGUGCAAGAGGACCAGGCAACUGGUAGCCAGCAGUUUCAAUUCACCACCGCUGACUACCAGCAGUCCGGGCAAGUGGAGCCCAGCGAAUCGCAACAGAUUGAGUAUGUCACUGAGCAGGUCGUGACUUCACAAGUCGGGGGCGCCCAAGUAGAACAGCUGGUGCAGGUAUCCGCUGCUCCGGUCAGUAACCAUCAGGUGGUGUUCCCAGGAGGUCCAAGGCCUCAGACUGUCCAAAUACAGGUGACUGAUUCCGUUGGUGACCAGUCAGUGGCGAAUGAGGGAGCCCAGGGUUAUCACUAUAUUUACCAAGAUGCACUGGUGUGUGCUGAUUCCGCACAGACGACCGAUCAGGCAAACCAAAAUCAGACUGUGGUGACUUCGGACAUUCUACCCCAACUGUAUCGUCCAGGCCAAGACAUUCAUAGCUCCCUGGAGAUUGCUUCUGCCGUGGAGAUCUUGACGGGACUAGCGUCGACGAUAACCACUCAGCUCGGCUACCAAGAGGCCAAGCAAGCUGUAAAGCUGGUCAAGAAGGAGAAGAAACAUAAGAAAAAGAAGAACAAGAAAGACAAGGGAAAGACCAAAAAGUCUAAAAAGUUGAAACGGAAGAAAGACGCCGGUGUUUUCGUAGAGAAUCAGGAGCCCAAACCUCGGAAGACGGACGGAGGAUACCACGAGUGUCCAACUUGUCAGAAAACAUUUGGUACUGCUGCUAAUCUGAAGAGUCAUCUUGUUUCACACACAACGGAGAGGCCCUUCGCUUGCGAUACGUGCAACGCAAGCUUCAAACGUCGCCGCUACCUCCAGCUCCACAAGAACAUCCACACGCAGCAAAAGAUAUUUCAGUGCAGCUACUGUGAGAAGACCUUCCUGAUGAAGAGCUGGCUGCACAGCCACGAGAGGUACCAUACUAAACCGUUCUCGUGCGAUCUGUGCGGCAGAGCGUUCGGCGACAAGAAGAUCCGCGAUGUCCACCGUAGAUCACACACCAAUGAGAAGCCAUUUAUUUGCGGGGAAUGCGGCCAGGCAUUUCGCUCCAAAGCAGUCGCGAUAAAACACGGUCGUAGACACAGCGGACUCAAGCCCUACGUUUGCAAGAUCUGCAACAAGGCGUACACCCAGAUUCACAAUCUCACAGACCAUGAGAAGACGCAUAUCGACGAUCAGACAUUCGCCUGUAAAACCUGCGGCAAGGUUUUCUACGCUCGGAGCAGUCUGCGACGCCAUAGGAUCAAAGAACAUCCGGAGGAGAAAACAGGGAUCACAAAAGUCCCGCUUUCACGUAACCAGGUGAUCACAAAAGAACCGGGUGUCUUUGAGAUCAUCAGGAAGCCCUAUGUCUGCAAGGUCUGCACAGAAGGCUACAAGACGAGGAAGUCCCUGAAGAUGCAUGAGAAGAUCCACGAGGCAAGCCGUGUCUGCCAGUACUGCAGCUCGGUCUUCGUCUCCAGGUCUGAUCUCGUCAUACAUGAAAGAUCCCACACUGGGGAGCGCCCAUUCGCCUGCACCGUCUGCGGCAAAACUUUCACCUCCAAGAAGGCCACCAACCGCCACGAGAAAUCCCACAGCGGCAUCAAACCCUUCGAGUGCAGGACUUGCAACAAGAAGUUCACACGCUCCUCGAAUCUGAAGGACCACGAGCUGAUUCACGCCGGGAAGAGCAAACGCUUCUCCUGCAGCAGCUGCGAGAAGAUCUUUGCAUCGCGCAGCGCCAUGAAGAGCCACGAGCGGUUGAAACACGGUCCCGGGGCCACGCAAAACCAGUUACAGGUGGACAACUCUAUGCCCGUUGGGCAGAUCACACAAACUAUGCCUGUUUCGCAGCAGGAGGAUCCUACAUGUGCUGAGCAGGUGGAGUUGUUUGAGAUCAUCAUUGCGGCCUCGGGGCAAGCUGAGGAACAAGUGACGCAGGUUACGGAAGUUUCUGAAGUCACCGAGAUUGGGAACAUUGUCUCUGUUUCUUAACACUGGCUGACACUAAAACAAUGACGGAACAAUAGAAACACGCCAAUAAGCAACUAGGCGUGGUCUAUGCCUUGGUGCCCCUUGAAAUGUUCCAUUAGAAAUUAAAAAGUUCCCGAUAGUGGUGCCCUCUAGACCUAGGAGAAAAUGCCCAAGUGGCUCGCCUGCCUUUUCAAAACCUAAACAUCAGCACCGGGGCAGUCCUGGAAUUUCAUAGAGUUAUGGUGACCUGGUCUUGGCCUUGGUGCCCCUUUAAAAGUUUCCCAUAGACUUUAUGAUUUUCCAAUGGAAGUGCCCUUUGCAAAAUGAAAAUGCCUUGCCCUCUCAAACAUGAAAUUCCAGGCCUUCGAGGGCAAUGCAGGCAAAUGCCCCCCAUUGUCCCUGGUCAGUGAUUUGGUAUUGACUGUUUCAAUAGAAGUUUACUUUGUCCUCAUUGACGUUCCCUGUAACCAAAGAGAAAUUGCCUUGGUGCUCUUGCCUUUAAGGCGUCGGGCCUGAGUAACCUUCUUUGGACCUGUCUCAGAGGGCAUGUUCAAAAUGACAUUGAACAACCAAAGGAAAAAUCUGAUCCCUCUUGAACAAAAUAUUCCAUUUGAUUCCCUCUUGAAAAAAAUGUUUGGCUGUUAAAAUGAAUGGGGGCAGUCUUUAAAGACAAAGUAUACCUUUGGUUUUUGGAAAGGUUUGAAUGUUUUAAAUUCUGUAUAAAAUGUGUUACAAUAAAACUGAUAUAAAAAAUGUGGAAAUUUAAUUUGGUCGCGUUUUUGAGAUAUAGCCGAUCAUCCGGAGUGGUUAUGUCCUUGCAGGAAGACUAAUCUCUAAAAGAAAGAACUUUUAACUAAGCGUUACUGACAUCUCAAGUUCAAAUUUUCGUUUUUUUUUUUUUUAGAAGUUGUACCCAGCCUCGCUACUAUGGGCAGUGUUUGUUGUGGUAACAAAACCUGUGGCACUAACCCCUGGUAGGGAUGUGCUGGAAAACGAUAGCUAUUGGUUCUCAAAAAGGAACUCUUUGCACACAAGCUUGUGAAAAACAUUUGAGUGGUUACAAUAUGGCAGUGGUCAAAAUGCAAGUAUUUUUAUGUUACCAUAGACCUUUUCGCAAAUACCCAUUUGCGCAAGCGCCAACCGUUGAAUGGGGUGCAUUGUGGUCUAGCUAAGGAGCAAAUUUUAUCACCAGCUAGACCACAAUGCACCUAAUUUCCAUGCCUCACGCGCGCGCCCCAGUAUUUGUGAAAAGGACUACAUGUAUAUUUAAAUGAAUUGUGUUUUACAUGGUCACUGCAUACCGUUUGACAUGUCACAGGAUCAUUCAAGCGACAUACGUUACUCUGAAUCUAAAUUCUUCAACAGAAAUUGUACGGGUACAUGUCUGUUUGAAAAUAUGUACACAAUUUGUUUGCCAAAUUUUGUAUUAUUGUAAAAGUACUGCUUCAGUCAAGUUUAAAGCUUUGCUAGGUUUUUUUAAAGAAGAUAAUAUUGAGAGCAGAACAAAGAGCAAAGGAAACCCUUUUUAUUUUUUCUGGAAUUGUCUUCAGUAAAAUUUGAUUGUUAAUUAAAACAUUUUUAGUGGGGUUUUAUUUAUGAACUGGACAACAACUCUAUGGUUGAAUUACAACAAGUAUGUGUAUAUAAUGAUUGUUUGUAUUAUUGUUUUUAAUUAUGAAGGGAAUCAAAUUAUUGGAGUCAAACAGUUCUCAAUACCAAAGAUUAUAGAGAGCUGAUUCCAAGGCACAAGAUGUUGUGGAGCUCUCUCUAUAGACCGUAAUGAAUAUGACGUCAUCGUUCAAAUAUCUGUCCUACAAGAUGGCGAUUGUGAGCAUGUGUGUGUGUGUGCUUGUGCCGUUGAAAUCAAACCGGGAACGCUGCGUGUUUCUUAGAUAUAAGCGUCUAGACCUGCCCUACAAGAUGGUGUCUUGUAAAGCAGUAAAUAGGUUAUUCAAUACGGUCUGGUGUUUGAACUUGAAUUACCCAUGGGUGCCAUUUCAGGAAGCAACGAAUCAGCGCUCUUGGAAUCAGGGAUUGCUGCGCUAACGAUGAGCAUAUUUCACGCGUUUGCGGGGAAUUUGGCUUGUGCAUGUGUGUUACGCAUUACUAGGCAUUCUUCGCUUAAUACACAGCUCCGCAAAAAUUUGGCACUUGGCCAUGCGAGUGGAGAAUGGAAAUCAUAAGCGCAGAGUUGGGCGGUAAGCAGAGCCAUGAAAUUAGGCCCUGAUCUAUUGUUGCGCCAGAAGAGUUGCUUGCUGAAAUGGUGCCCUGUGUACAUUUCAGCCUGAAUUCCUCAUCUAAAUCUUUGCUCCAUACUCGAAUGAAUUUUGGGAUGAGAAAUUUUUCAAAUGACAAGUUUUACACCUAAUGAAUAUCCAGUUUGUAUUUAUUUAAAUUUUUGAUAUUUGUAUUGAACCAUAAUAAUAAUAAUGUUGAACAUUUCUAGUGCGC